UGGGGAGAUCUUUGUUCAAGUUAAUGUCGGAGAGUUUAGGACUCAGCGCAAACCACCUCAUAGAAAUGGAAUGCGCAGAGUCGCUUGUGCUCAUCUGCCAUUACUAUCCACCUUGUCCUGAGCCUGACCUCACGUUCGGGACGACAAAACAUUCGGACAACGACUUCAUAACCGUGCUUCUUCAGGAUAACUUGGGAGGGCUUCAAGUGCAGCAUAAGAACCAAUGGGUUGAUGUUCCUCCCAUACCAGGAGCCUUAGUUGUCAACAUUGGAGAUCUUUUUCAGCUCGUAUCAAACGAUAAGUUCAAAAGCGUAGAACAUAGAGUGUUGGCGAGCAAGGUCGGUCCAAGAAUAUCUGUGGCCAGCUUCUUCGGCAGAGAUUCCGGGCCGAGCUCAAAGGUUUAUGCACCGAUAAAGGAGCUGUUGUCCGAAGACGACCCCCCCAAGUACCGCCCAACAACCGCCAAGGAGUAUAGUGAAUUCUUUCGUGCCAAGGGCCUCGAUGGCACUUCGGCAUUACUGCAUUUCAGACUGUAGAAUUAUGUUUGAUAAAAUAGUGAGUUUUUGGCAGUUGGCACCAUAAACUGCUUCAAAACUCUUUGUCUUGUAUAAACCAUGAAACUAUGUGUACUGUUUGGUUGUUAUGAAAGAUUCAGCCAUAUGUAUUACAUUGUGAAAUGGGGAGUGUUUGAUGAGGUUU